GAGCGGGUUUCGGAGGAACGGCGCAGCCGGCGCGCGUACAACUCGCGUUAGUCUAGUCUAGGCCAGUCCAGUCUAGGUAAGCAGCAGCGACUGCCAGAGUGCUGCUCUUCGUGAAUACCCUUGUCUCGUUGCCAGUCGAGUUUUACGCUAGGCAGCAGCGCGGUCGUUCGGAUAUCUGUAUAUCCAGAGAGAGAAAGAGAGGUGUUGUGUUUACCGCUACCCAGUAUGGCGAGAGUUUCCUUCAGCGUGCGAGUCUAGAUUUAAAUAUUCGACAAUCUUACUUAGUGAUUCCUGUUUUCUAUAUACAUAUAUACAUCAACUUGUUAUAAAUAUACGUAAAUUUUUCCGCUGUGGUUUAUUUCCCUGGGUUGUACUAAAUAGAUGGUGAAAAUGUCGGUUAUGCAAAUGCAGCAGGCGAAGCGUCAGCAUUGCUACUUAUGUGACCUCCCCCGCAUGCCAUGGGCAAUGGUCCACGAUUUCUCAGAGGCGGUGUGCCGGGGCUGUGUCAAUUACGAAGGUGCCGAUCGCAUAGAAGUGGUACUGGAUACAGCACGCCAGAUGAAGAGAGCGCACAGCUUCCAGGAGCAAAGGUCUGGACAUAGCUCGAAGAGCCAUCGUAGCUCAGGCAGCGGACACGAGCAUCAGAACGGAGAUGUUGUCGCUACUUCAAGCAGGCAGCAACCCACGGGAGCCCAUCAUUCGACGGGUUACAGUUUACACCAUGCUCGAUCCGCAGGGAUGAUGCCUGACUUUCAACCUAGCCAACCUCCUCCACCCCCAAGAGGAGCUACGACGAUGUCCAGACCUACAUUGCAGGAGGCGAGUGCAGAGCACGAUCUUGUUGGCCGCCCUCCGGUACGGAUACCGACAGCAGCUCAUCUGACAGCCGCCCACCACACUUUGCAACCCCAUCACCAUCCGGUGAGCAACGGCCGACCCACAUCAAUGCCGCAGCAAGCGCUAAAGCGUGGACUGACGACGACGGAGGACGACGACCAUGGCCAUGGUCACCAUCACGCGAACGGUGAAGUUAACGGAUCUAAGAGAAUGCUGUCCGUCGAGGAGCACAGUGCCUCAGUUAGACCUCCGUUAACUCGCGGAGAAUCGCUGCCCGCGGUGUCUCUAGCACAAUCCUUCACAGUAACCGCCGAGAGGACUUUCAAGCAGGAGAAGCACACAAUAAGAACAUCCUCGUUUGAUUCCACAGCAGCCUUUAAACCUAAUGGGUAUGCAGCGCCUGUGUCUGUAGCUAACGCGAAUGGGACGAAUUCAAGUUCUCCCUUGAGCAAUAGAACGGGAUCUCCGCCUGAAAGUAAUCCCGCAAGUGGUACUACCGUAGGACAGCAAACUACGUCCGGUUCAAUCCAGAGUCCGAUGGCGGGUCUUAUAUCCGUCACCGACACCCUUCCACCAGGAAGUCCGCGCUCUGCGGGCGGGAGUCCUCCGAGUACCGUCGCGCCCCGUUCUGCCUCCCGGGGCUCGCAGCACUCCCCGAACUCCUCAGCUGGAAGUUCUAGCAGUCGUCGUUCUUCCGGUUCUAGACAUGUUUCUUCUACCACAGUUACGUCCACGGAGGCCGGCGCCGGUGCUCUUGGCACCACACCUGAGGUCAUACCCACUGCUGGUACCGAGGGAGCAACGGCCACUGCGCCCACAGCGACGACCCUAAGAUGUACCAUAUGCCAGGAGAGAUUAGAGGACACGCAUUUCGUUCAAUGCCCCUCAGUGCCGCAUCACAAAUUUUGUUUCCCUUGCAGCCGUGAAAGUAUUAAACGUCAGGGGGCUGGCCAAGAGGUGUAUUGUCCAAGCGGCGACAAGUGUCCGUUAUCGAAUUCGAAUGUACCAUGGGCGUUUAUGCAGAACGAAAUAGCGACGAUCCUUGGUGAAGACUUCAAGGUUAAGAAGGAACGCGAGACCUAAAAAACGCCGAAAUGAAUUGGAAAAUGAUGUUAUAACCUUUGGCUCAAUUUACUCUCGAAUGUUGUCGAGUAAAUUCUGUCUCGUUACAGAGAAGUAAUUGGCAAAGUUGGCGAAAGUUAGUGAUGAUGAUGGUUGGUUUAGUGAUGGUCGAUCGGGCUGAAUAAAAUAUAUCUAUUUAAGAAAAUAACGAAAUGGAAGUAAUAAAAAAAAAGAUGGAAAAUCUAUAAAACGUGAACGAGGCUGUGUCGAUUAUUAGUUAUUACAUAUAUAUUAUAUUCAGAACAAGGAAAAUGAGAAAAUAAUUUCUUGGCUAAAUGUCGCCGAAGUAAUUGUACAUAAUGCAGUCAAAAACACAAUGAUUUUGUUUCAAAUUGUUGUUUUGUGUCGUAUUUUGUGAAAUGGAAAUGGAACGAUGAGAGGUUGGUGCAAUUGUAUCAUUGGGCACCCCUUUCAGUCGGUUUUAAUUUGUUUUAUUUUAUUUAAAUGCAUUUAUGGACUAUUCGUUUAACCCAUGUAUAUAUUGUAAAUAGAUUAUACAAUAAUGUUAUAAAUAAUAUAAGAACGUCGAUUCUGAAAUAUUAAAGUGUACAAAGUAUGUAAUAGUUAAACACAUAGGGUUUUCUUUAUGAUUUUUUGUUUGUUUUUUGUUUUAGAGGUAAAUUGAAUGUACGUACAACUAUCAUAAGUUAGGAGAACUAUUCUCCACAGUUGUCUGUAUAAUGAUUUAUUUCUGAAAUUUUAUUUGAAAAUUUUAUAAUAUAUAAAACUCCUUUUUGAAGCUGUAAAUAUUGUAUAUUCAUCAGCUGAGAUUUUUCUUUAAGUGCGACUUUAUAAAUCGAAAUGCGAUUUCAAUUACUUUUUUUGAUUAUAUAUAUUAUUUUGUUUAGUUCAUAAGUUUUAUAAUUACUUUAUUUCAGCUUUUCAAAGUUAUGAAUUUCGUAGAUUCAUUUUUUUGUUUCAUUUUUUUUUUGCUUCUUUAAAUUUAAUUUAUGGAUUGUAAACUUUGAAAGUAAAACUAGUCAAAUCUUAAUGGGGCGCCUUCAAGAGCGCCGCAUCAUAGGAACUCCAAAACUCGCUGGUAAAUUAUAAGAACGUUUUAAAAGUAAUAAUUAAAAGAAAAUGUAUCUUUUUUGACUAAAAGAAGGUGAAUAACUUGUAUAUUUAUCACACAUUUUAAAAUGUCCUCCCGCCCCACAAUUUGUCCAAGGCCUUGCUAUAUGUUUUGACUCGUGUUACAAUUGUUCACUUUUCUGAAGCAUACAUUGUACAAGGCCUUGUGUGUAUAUAAAAUGAUAAUUAAUAAAGAGAAAGU